AGUUCUCAUUUUUUUUUAUCUUCUUUGAUUCGCAUAGCUACUCCCUCUCACUCGCAACUCUUCUUUGCAAACAUAUAUAUAGAAUUUCACAUAAAGCUUGAUAAUUUUAAGGUGGCAUAUGCAAUCUUCACUUGAGUCAUCACUCAUCAACCAACAUAAAAGAAGAGACAUAACACACUAAGGAAGCAAGCUCAGGCACAGAGUGAGUAGGGUGGUGACUACUAAAAGAGCUCAUCACCUGAAACUUUGAUUUCUUCUCACAAAACAGCUAUAUAGGAAGUGAAGUUUGGUUAGUUGGAGAAACAUGGCCACUGCUGCUACUGCUGCUCAUUCAACAUUGAUUCCACCAUUAUUUGACAGUUUGAAUCGCGUGAUCGUUGAUAAAGUUUACCUUGAAGGCUUGACUCUAUCUGGUGAUCACAUGAUCUACACGGUUCCUUCCAAACUUAGGAAUAUGGAUGAAGUAGCUUUCACCCCUCAGUGGAUCUCAAUAGGUCCCAUUCACUUCGGCAAAGAAGAGCUGAACGAAAUGCAAAAGCUAAAGUGUAUGUACUUCCAGAACUUUUGGGCGCGUUUCAACGAGGAAGCCAUUACCAUUAUGAAGGAAUACAAAGGUUUCCUUGAAAGUGAAGUUCAAAACAUAAAAGAGUGCUAUGCGCAGCAGAAGUUCCCAGGGAUAUGCAAUGAAAAAUUAGUGGAAAUAGUGUUGCUAGAUGCUGUGUUCAUCGUGGAGCACCUACUGACGGAUAGACGGUAUGCUGAUGAAUGUAUGUUAACCAACUACGUUAGAAAAGGUAUCCAGAGGGACUUACUGCUUCUUGAGAAUCAGCUUCCAUUCUAUGUGUUGGAGGAACUCUAUAAUAAAGUCCCAGCCAGCAGAUAUUUUCCUGUUUGCAAAUUUCUAACACGUGCCCUCCUUUACUUCAAAUCUCUUAAUCUGUACGCGAGACAUUCAAUAAGUAGAUAUGACGUAGUUCAUUUCCUGGAUUUUGUUUGGAGGUGCUGUGUUCCCGAUGAGCAGUAUCUGAAGUCCGAAGAAUUGUUUGCAGAGCAUGCAAUUUUGCAAGUGAACGCAAGCAAGUUGUAUGAGGCUGGGGUAAGUUUUAAGUGUGCUGAUGAUAGUUGCCUGGUUGACGUAACAUUCGGGACGAUGCGGCCAUUCAACGGCAAUUUACUUUGCUUGGGUUGCUUGCCAUCAUCAUGCUUGGAGAAUUUCAAAGCUCUAUUGAUGCUCCCGCCGUUGAAAGUUGAUAAUGCAACAGUAACUGUUCUGAAGAACUUAAUGGCCUAUGAGCAGAAUCGUUAUCCGGAAACACCUAUCAUCACCAGCUACGUGUCUCUGUGGUGCUCGCUCGUUCAGACCAAAGAAGAUGUAGAGUUGCUGGUGGAGAAAGAAUGCAUUAUCCGAGAACAGGUGAGUGAUAAGGAAGUGGUGAAUCUGGUGAAGGACCUUUCUAAGCAUGUCAUUUCCAGUAAGACGUGCUACCAUAAAGUCAUAACAGAACUCACACUCCACACCAAGAGUGGCUGGAAAAAGGCCAUGGGAACAGUCAGGAGAGUGUAUUUCCGUGACACUUGGAGAGGCAGUUCCACCAUUGUCGGCAUUUUUGUCCUUAUCUUCACCGUCGUCAGCUUCUAUCGGAAUAUUCAUGCUUUAGUUUCUAAACAAAACUAAUUGAGCUUACUUUUAAUUUCUUUUCAGAACCAUCACUUUUGAUCAAAACUUAGCUAUCAUUUAGCCAUCAGAAUAUUUUUAUACCAUCAUACAGUAAUUUUAAACUCGAGGAAUGCUAGACAGCAACUUUUGUAUUUUAUAAUAUUAAUUAAUUAUUAA